AUGGCAUAUCGGCCACAAGCCAACGGGACCGCUGAAAGAAUGGUGCAGACCGCGGCCAGGGCGCUCAAGAUGUACGUUCGCGAUCCGGAUCAGAAGGAUUGGGAUGAAUACCCUUCACUAUGUGGUGCACGGGUGGGAUCCGAGAUCGACGUUGGAGGCUACAUUGCCGGUCGGAUGCAAUAG